GGCGCCAUUUAGCCAUGGAGGUAAAGAACAGUGGCGCCACUAGUCACUUCUCUGCCGUCCACCACACCAUCAACACCUCCAGCUCCUCCAGUUCCAUCAACCAUUACUCCAAUUUCAUGACAUUGUUUUGGGGUGUUGCUGCUGGUGAUGACAUCUCUGAAGACUUGCAGCUGCCCACAACACGACCUUCACCACACAGCAGCUGCCCACAACACGACCUUCACCACACAGCAGCUGCCCACCACACGACCUUCACCACACAGCAGCUGCCCACCACACGGACUUCACCACACAGCAGCUGCCCACCACACGACCUUCACCACACGGCCUUCACCACACAGCAGCUGCCCACCACACGACCUUCACCACACAGCAGCUGCCCACCACACGACCUUCACCACACAGCAGCUGCCCACAACACGACCUUCACCACACAGCAGCUGCCCACAACACGACCUUCACCACACAGCAGCUGCCCACAACACGACCUUCACCACACAGCAGCUGCCCACAACACGACCUUCACCACACAGCAGCUGCCCACAACACGGACUUCACAACACUGAGAAUAUCUUUAACCUACAAGAUUCGAUAAACUUAGACAAUAUAUUUAAGAGCCUUAAUUAAAAUGUAAUGUCUUUCACAUUAAAGAAAUGUUCAAGGAACACAAGAAAUACAAAAAAAGGAGACGUCUGAGACAAGCCUCAACUGCUGUAUUUGUCAGCAGGAGGACAACAUUCACACAAUUCGGGAGCUUUAAGCUCGGGGAAAAAAAAAAUAUACCUACCUCAACCCUACUAACAAUAGUAGUAAUGAGGCAGAUAGCCUCAAUACUGCCAUUAUUAGUAGUUUGAGGUGAUACAUUUCUCAAAUUUCAUGGCAAGUGUUGUGACAGUGUACAGUCAUGUACAACAAUCUUCACUGGAAACACUUCGGCAUGCAACACUGGAGACUAGUCUAUCACAACCUCUUUUGUCCUCUGCCGCA